GCAGGAAGAAGGAAGCGGCGCCACUGUCGCCUCCCGGCGCUCCCUCCCCGCCUCCUAGGUCCCUCAGCUGCCACCAUGUCCGCCUCGGCUGUCUUCAUUCUCGACGUCAAGGGCAAGCCGUUGAUCAGCCGCAAUUACAAGGGCGAUGUGGCCAUGAGCAAGAUUGAGCACUUCAUGCCUCUGCUGGUACAGAGGGAGGAGGAAGGCGCCCUGGCCCCGCUGCUGAGCCACGGCGAAGUCCACUUCCUAUGGAUCAAACACAGCAACCUCUACUUGGUGGCCACCACAUCGAAGAACGCCAAUGCCUCCCUGGUGUACUCCUUCCUGUAUAAGACAAUAGAGGUAUUCUGCGAAUACUUCAAGGAGCUGGAGGAGGAGAGCAUCCGGGACAACUUUGUCAUCGUCUAUGAGUUGCUGGAUGAGCUCAUGGACUUUGGCUUCCCGCAGACCACCGACAGCAAGAUCCUGCAGGAGUACAUCACUCAGCAGAGCAACAAGCUGGAGACAGGCAAGUCACGGGUGCCACCCACUGUCACUAACGCUGUGUCCUGGCGCUCUGAGGGUAUCAAGUAUAAGAAGAACGAGGUCUUCAUUGAUGUCAUAGAGUCUGUCAACCUGCUGGGCCUGGCUGCGGGAGAGGGAGCUGGGUGCCUGCUGACCACCCCCCACAUCCAUCCUCAGGUCAACGCCAACGGCAGCGUCCUGCUGAGCGAGAUCGUUGGUACCAUCAAGCUCAAGGUGUUUCUGUCGGGAAUGCCAGAGCUGCGGCUGGGCCUCAAUGACCGCGUGCUCUUCGAGCUCACUGGCCGCGGCAAGAACAAAUCGGUAGAGCUGGAGGAUGUAAAAUUCCACCAGUGCGUGCGGCUCUCUCGCUUUGACAACGACCGCACCAUCUCCUUCAUCCCGCCUGACGGUGACUUUGAGCUCAUGUCCUACCGCCUCAGCACCCAGGUCAAGCCACUGAUCUGGAUUGAGUCUGUCAUUGAGAAGUUCUCCCACAGUCGCGUGGAGAUCAUGGUCAAGCCAGAGAGAAACGUCGUGAUUUGGAGUAUUAAGUCUUUCCCGGGGGGCAAGGAGUACUUGAUGCGAGCCCACUUUGGCCUCCCCAGCGUGGAAAAGGAGGAGGUGGAGGGCCGGCCCCCCAUCGGGGUCAAGUUUGAGAUCCCCUACUUCACUGUCUCUGGGAUCCAGGUCCGAUACAUGAAGAUCAUUGAGAAAAGUGGUUACCAGGCCCUGCCCUGGGUUCGCUACAUCACCCAGAGUGGCGAUUACCAGCUUCGUACCAGCUAGGAGAAGAGAUGGGGGCUCGAACACGGGGCUUCCCUACAGCCCCACAUGCAGAUUUUAGAGGGAGGGAAGGUGCGGGCUGUGUGUGUCUGUGUGAGGGCAGGUCCUGGAUUUGGCAGUUUCUUGCUCCCAGCACCUGCCCCUUCCUCACAUCUUCCUUAUUCCGUAGGCUGGGAGAGAAACUCUCUCUGCUUCCCUCACCCUUGGAGCUUUCCCCGUCCCCCUGAUUUUAUAUGAAGAAAUAGAGGAGGGGCUUGAAGUCCCCCUCGCCAGUGCCUUCUUGCAACGACCUGCCUUAGCGGGUGUUGCGUGUCCCUCCUUCACAGCUGCUGAGCCCAGAGGCCCCGCUGGCCCCUCCUCUGAAUUUUAGGAUGUCAUUAAAAAGACGAAUCUA